CCACCACCACCACCAGAAUCUCAUCGUCGCCUCAGCGGCCAUGUUUAUUUUCUGCACCCCGCUAGCUUGCGCGCUCUCCCUACAACAACCGUUGGUGUCGCCGUCUGCUGCUCUCUCUCCCUCCCACUCUCGCCGCCUACCGCGAGUUAUGCGCGCGCGCGCGCGGUGCACAUCCGGUGGUGGGGAUCGUGUAUGUAGCGAGAUCUACAAGUCGGAACGGCGGAGUCGUGUGCUAGGCUAGUGUCGCCCGCGAUUGUGUCCCUUCUUCGGGGAGUUAUGUCUUUGGAGAUUGGACUGUAAGAAUAUAAUAUACCAUAUCGCACAGAGAUGGCUGUACAACGCACCAUCGUUCGAGACGGAGUGAGUAGUGGUCACUGAACACACACUCAAAGUGCAGACCACUAGAAGAAAAUAAAAGCUGCGCUGUAAUACUACUUGGGGAUUUCUACUUCAAAGUCAAAGGGUUUCUGACACCCUGAUUCUUUGGCAGACGGGAUAGGUCAUCUUGUACCAAACUUCUCGGAUAUGAGCGGAAACCUCUAAGGUCUCAUGUGAACAACGCCAACGCUAAGAGCACCUUUAUCACUGAAAGUAAAGGAGGUCUUUUUCUUACACACGUUUGUAAUCGGUCUGAUUGGUCUGCAGUGUUGCUACCCAAGUUCGGAAUCCGCCUGGUUGGUCUACGAACUCGGCAACAUGCGUUCACUGUUGACGGAAAAGUUAGAGGGACGACAUCACUGUUUUGUUCUUUGGAAUCAAGGAGUAUUCUAAUUGAAGGACGUUCGCAUUGGUGUUCAAUUCUCAGCUCUUGUGUAUAAGGCGGAGAUUUGCUGUUUUGUGAAAAUAUAUAUUUACAUUUGGGUGAUUUUAAAACUGAAUUGCAAGGAGCAUUAACCUACACAUACUUUCUUAGGAAAAUUGAAUACAUAUUAGAAGGUUUUUAUUUUUGGAUUACAAAAUUGAGGAUUAAUGGCUUGGGUAAAGCUUCGGUUUCUUGCGAGUACAUGACCAAAACUGAUCUCACGCAAUAGAUUACCUUUUAAAAAAUCAGUCGCAGCCUAAAUGUGUUUCUUAUCACUUGUAAUGACAGAUUCGAAACAGGAAAAAUAUGAACAGUAUAAAACUUAAGCUGCCACUGAAUAAGCUAUCAAGAUCUAAAUUGUUAAACUCCAAAAAUUAUUUCCAAAGAAGAAACGGAACUAACAACGAUCGAAUGGAGAUUUGAAAACUAUUCUGACCGUAUUUUAACGGGAUGAUAAUAAUAUCCUUUUCCUUGUCUUCAAAGAGUGCCUGGCCAAGAUAGGACAUGAUGAAAUUAAGUAAGAAAGGAAAACAAACGAAGUUAGAUCAGAUCAAAUAAAAUCAGAUCAGAUCUGGUAAAUAUUUUUAUUGAUCCUGAAGUAGUCGAUGCAUCUGAUAGCGCCACACUGAUCAGAAUGACGGAAGGGUGUGGAGCGGUACAAAGAAGUAUUUCUGAAGAAGACGGCGCAAACAGAUAUCUCGACGUUUUGAUGGGUCACCAACCCCAGAAGCGGUCAUCUCUAUAUCCACCAAGUACCACCCAGGUCUUCGUAUAAUGCCUUUUGACGAUGAGUUGAUAACUCGUGGUGCGAGGUGUGUUCAGUGAUACAAGUUUGCCGAGGGUUGGCUUAGUUAUUUCCCUUUGCUUUUUGUCUGACGAAAUUUUGAGUUAUCGUUAAUAACUUGGAAUGUUGACGCAACGAAUGUUGUAGUUUGUGAAAGUACCUUUGUUUUUACUUAAAUGUGUAUUAUAUCGCCUGCGUAUUCCUGAUAAAGAUGCUAAAUACAAAUCCACACGUAAAGGAGGACUGAUAUAUCCGUAGUGGCACAGGGAUAACAACACAUCAGCCCGUCGUCAUGGGUGUCCUGAGAGGUCAGAAAUCAAACUCGGCUCACCUCCGGGGUCGCCACAACAUCCUCCAGUUUGCCGCCCCGCAGGAUUUCGGCCGCGGUCGUUACAUCGGAGGUAGCCACCGGCCACGUCAUCACGGCGCACACACUACGUCAUCACCCUUGUACAGUGACGCGCCCGUGACGUCAUCUGCGGACAACAACGCCGCCGGAAGUGGUGGCAUCGAUGCGCCGCAAUCAUCUUCUGGUGGUGGUGGUGGUGGGGGUGUUGCGUCCCCGGGGCAUAAGCCUGCGUGGCGUGAAGCCAAAGAUAGCCUUUUCAAUUUCGACGACUACAACUUGGCAGAAGGGUUGAGCGACACACGCCUGGCGCCAGGGAGAGGGGGCUCGUCCUCCUCCUUCCACGGAGAACACAGCAACACUCCACGGCACGGGCGGGUCCAACUCUCUCCACCUGCUUCAUCAUCUUCUUCUUCGUCAUCGUCAUCGUCGUCGUUAUCUUCAUCAGCCCUCGCUUCGUCGUCGUCGUCGUCGUCAUCGCUACCUUCCUAUCCACCCUACGCCGGGAAAGAAAGCAACGACGGCGGUGAUAGCGAUUAUUUAGAUCCCUCCUCUCGUCUCACGGGCUACGGUCUAAGACAAAAUAGCAAAGCACCGCAUCAUAAUCACUCUCCGAAUGAUACCUCAUCCUCCCCCUUUUCCUCCUCUUCCUCAUCUUCAUCCUCAUCACUUCUUCACUCAUUACAUCCCUCACACUCAUCACCCUCACUAUCAUCAUCCUCAUCCUUAUCCCUCUCCGCCCCAUCACCUCUCUCCUCCCCGUCCUCCUCCUUCUCCUCCUCCUUAGCAUCAAACCGCACAAUCCUCACCCUCACAGCCGACCACGCCUCCUCCACCCUCAGCCCCGACCCCCCAGCCCUCCUAGACUCCCUGUUCCCCACUUCAGACCUAACUAUGAACUACACAGACUGUGAAAACGCCACAUCUGGACUGGACUUCAACUGUUGGUCAAUCGCCACGGACGACAACAUGACAGGCUUUAACGGGUCUGGGAGUAUAGGCAUGAGCCAGGAGGAGUACAACUACUGGACCAUCCUGUUGAUCAUCUUCCCGCUAUUCACGGUGUUCGGGAAUGUUCUGGUGGUCCUGAGCGUGUUCAAGGAGAAGAGCCUGAAGACUGUGACCAACUACUUCAUCUGCUCCCUGGCCGUGGCGGACAUCAUGGUGGCUGUGGUGGUCAUGCCCUUGGCUGUCUACAUGGAGGUAAGUGGACCACAUUUGUGUGUGUGUGUGUGUGUGUGUGGGCAGUUGAUGGAUUUGUCCAGCGGACUGACGUCAUCGCUGAGACCGCCGUGUUCACUUUGUCCUCGUACGAAGUUCCGCGACGUGACGGGAGACGAUUUAACAGUUGCGGGCCGGCGAGAUAAACAAACGUGA